GAUCUUUGAGCUUCUUCUCUUCCUCGAGCGUCUUGAGCUUUAAUCAUGGAUGUCUGCAAUAAUCAGUCGUCGCUUCCAUCUACUAGAUGGCCCAACGUUAACCUCAACGAAGUCUUUCUCAGUUUCAGAGGAACAGAUCUUCGGAGGAACUUCAUUCAAUGUCUCUACGAAGGCCUCGCUGCUUCAGGGAUCUAUGCAUUUAUUGAUCAUCAAGGGAUUGAGAUCGGGGAAGAGAUCAUGCCCAAGAUUUUCGAAGCUAUCAGGCACUCGAAGAUAUGCAUUCCCAUCUUCUCCAAAGAUUUCGCUUCCAGUAAGAGUUGUCUGAAGGAGGUGGAGAAAAUGGUGGAGUGUCAAAGGACAAUCAUGCCCAUUUUCUAUGACGUCAGCCCUGAAGUCGUCGGCAAACAGCAGGAGAGUUAUCAGCAAUCCUUCUGCAACCAUGCGGCCCAAGGGGUGUCGCCAGCGACCGUAAACAACUGGAAGGAUGCUCUGAGGAGUGUUUCGAGAAAACUAGGAUGGGAAUUGGAAAAAUUCCAACACGGGGAUCAUGAACUUAUAAAGGAGGUUGUUUCAAAGGUCGGCCAGCUGUUGGGGAAGGGUAAGUUAGAUGUGACAAAACAUUUAGUGGGGAUGGAUGGCCGCGUGCAAGAGAUAAUGAAAAAACUGGGUGUUCUUUAUGCAAAUGGAGAAGUGGUUGAAGGGCAAACGCUGACAGGAAAAUGUGUGGUUGAGAUAUCGGGCCUUUCAGGGAUUGGCAAGUCAACUCUUGCCAAGAUUGUCUACAACAAAAUCCAGCAUCUCUUUGAAGGUUGGAGCUUCCUCAAUGAUAUCCACGAAAAGGUCGAGGCGAAGAGACUCCUAUCUCUCCAAGAAGAUUUAAUUAAUGACCUCCAAAAGAAAAGAUGUACACUCAGAUCUUCUGCUGAAGGUACCGCAUUUAUCAAGUACAAAUUUAGAAAUCUAAGGGUUCUCAUUAUUCUUGAUGAUGUUUGUGAUUUUGGACAAAUUGAUUCAUUAGCUGGAGAUCCGAGUUGGUUUGGUCCUGGAAGCAGGAUCAUCGUGAUCUCUAUGAGAAGCAAUCUUGUUGACAAGUAUAGUCAGGUGCUUGUUGAAAACUACGAGUUUCAACAAAAUGCUCAUCCAAGUGUGCUUGGUCCUGGAAGCCAAAGAUUUGACAUCUCGAGAAGAAGCAGUGUCAUUAACAUUUGUGAUGACAUCCUCGUUGCAAAAUACGAGCUAAAGCAAAUGAAUGAUGACGAUGCUUUUCAGCUUUUCUGUAUGUAUGCUCUCGGAGGAAAACCUCUUCAAGAGGAAUUCUCCUCUUUGGCACGGGCCAUUAGUUCGGCUGCUGGAGGGCUUCCUUUUGUUAUUCAGGUUGUGGCUUCAUCUUUAUAUGGAAAGCCCCUAAAGUUUUGGGAGGAGGCAUUGGAUAGAUUGAAGCGAGAGCCUUUCAAUAGGGAAGUCAAACGAAUUCUGAAGUGGAGAUAUGAAGUUUUAGAGGACAAUGCCCAACAGAUAUUUCUUGAUACAGCAUGUUUUUUUAUGGGAAAGGACAAGACAAUACCAUGUUACAUGUGGGAAGCUUGUAAAUAUGAUCCUUGCAGAGGAGUUGACGAGCUUCAUAACAUGUCUUUGGUAGAAGUCAAAGAAAAUAAUGAAUUGUGGAUUCAUAAUCAACUAAAAGUCCUUGGGAGGGAGAUUGUCAAGGAGGAAAGUCCAAGGAAACCUUUCAAGCGUAGCAGGCUAUGGAAUCAGGAGGAUAUUGAACAAGUGUUGAAUAAAAAGAAGGUCAAUGCAGUAGAAGCCCUUAGUGCCACAUUUGACAACUCCCGUUCAUUUCCAGAACGUAGUUUUUUUCGUAAUUUCUCGAAUCUUAGGUAUCUUAGAAUGAACCACGCUAUCAUUAAAGGAAAUAAGCAGAGUGCAAAGAACUCCAGAGAGGAUUUUGUCCUUCCACGAUUAAAAUGGCUUGAAUGGCAACGGUGCCACAAGAUCUCAAGUCUACUUGCUUUAGAUCUGUCAGACUUGGUCGUUCUUGAUCUGUCUUGGAGUACUUCCAGGGCUUGGCGGAGCUGGAGACAAAUUAUGAAGAGGGCCAAAAACCUGAAAGUUUUGAUCCUAAAAGAUUGUUAUUGGCUAGCUGAAUCUCCAGUUUCCCAUGCCCCUGUAAACUUAGAGAGGCUAAACCUGGAACAUUGUUCUAUAUUACCGGAUGUCGGCAGAUUGAUUAGCAAGCUAAGGAACUUAGUUUCUUUGAAUAUCAAGUUCUGCAGCUUAGUGAAAGACUUGCCAGAAGAUAUAGGUUCCUUGGAAGCUUUGAAAGAGCUUUACAUCGAUGGAACUUCCAUUAAAGCUAUUGAUUUCCCUGAAGGUUCAUAUGGGAAGCUUGAAAUUCUGAGUGCUUGCAACUGUAAAUACUUGUCUCUAUCCAAUUCAAUUGGUAACUUGAAAUCUCUUUCAUACCUAGCAUUGGACGACACUGAACUGAGUGAGCUCCCUUGUACUAUUGGAUUGCUGGAAAGUCUACAGACGCUAUCCCUGAGAAAUUGCAGGAGCUUGUGGAAAUUGCCAGAUUCCAUUGGAAGCCUCAAGGAGCUGCAAUUCUUGGAUCUUUCAGAUGCAGUAGUCGAUGAACUACCUGUAUCUGUCAAGGAUUUGAGAAACUUGAAAGAACUAAAGAUGCCUCGCACUUUUAUAAGAGAAUUUCCUGAAGGCAUUAAGAAUCUAGAGAGGUUAGAAGAGAUAGAUUUCUCUGGCUGCAAAAGUUUGACAGGGGAAUGCAAUAUUAUGGGAUUAGCCUCUUUGAGGGUCUUACUUCUAGUGCGCACUGAUAUUUCUCAGCUGAUUGUGACUGUUUGUGGAUACUCUAAUCUCCAAAACCUAAGAUUAGAGAAAAAUGUUCUCAUCUUGAAAAUUGAAACUACUAAAGGGGCAUGCCAGCGGUCCAACGGAUAUUAGACUGCAACCCAGUUCUAGAGGCUCAAGGACAUCACAUCAGCCUGCUGACAGUGAGUCAAACAUCAAAGCAAGGUGGCGGUCAGACAGAAGCAAGAAAGUUAUGGUGGAUGAGGAUUGGCUGCAAAGUAAGUUAGCGCUCCUAUCCCGUUAACUCAUUUGUAACUGAUCAUGCACGUCAAUUAUCUUCCUGCAGUAAGGGCUAUUAGGGGAAUAACCAAAUUCAAAUUUUCGAUUCUAUUCUGAAUUUUCAAUUUACAUUUUUCUUUCUUUGUUUUGGCCAUCACACUGAUAUUUUUUAUUGUCUCAUGUGAACGUCAAUUUACUGCAAUUUUGC